CGAAGUUUAUAAAUAGUCGGGUUGCCAACGCUAAACGCUCAUCAAAUAAUCCCUCAUACAGACUUUCCUAAUUGUGCUUUUUGUGCUUUAAACCUGUUGUUCAUUAAGCUAUGAGAAAUGCAGAGGAAUUGAGUGGUAGGGAGAGUAGAGCCCCAUGGUUGGAUCUUCCAAAGGAGCUGUCAGAAAUCAUAGGAAAAUGUCUCCUCACCAGAGCACAAGUUUGCCAAUUCCGUUCAGUUUGCAAUCCAUGGAGAUCCUCCAUCCCUCCUUUCCAAAAACCCUUCUCUUUGCCCACUUCUGGUCAUCCCAAAUCACCCAAACUCACUGAAUACACAAUCUACCAUAUUCAGCCAUCUUCCUCCAGCAAUUCACAACAAGCCUCCACUCCCCCUUUGUGGGGUUGGCUGGUAAAGGUCAGAGAAUGGAAAGCUGGCCAUUUCCGUGUCUCCAACUCACUCUCAUCCCAACCAAGCCACCCUUUAGCCAAAGCAAUUAAUUUGUUAGAUUUUCGGGUAUCUGAAUUGGCCAAAGCUUAUAGCCUUCACUUCCCCACUAAUGGUAAGACUCACAAAGUGGUUUUCUCAUCCAGUCCUAAUUAUUGCCCCUCAUUCAUGGGGAUAGCUGCAGGGGUUCUAUUUUACAUGAAAAUAGAAGAUGCCAAGUGGACCAUAAUAGAUGACAUUGUCUCUCAGAUGGAUUAUGAAGAUGUUAUUGUGUAUAAGAAUAGAUUUCUUGCUGUGGACAACAACGGAAGAGCUGUGUUGAUCGAUUCUUCUUUGAAGGUAACAGAGAUUGCAUCUCCCUUGAGAUUGGAGGGUGGAGAUUAUAAGGACAGUAAGAUUUUAGUAGAGUCGGUUGGAGAGCUGCUUUUGGUUCAUAUUGUACAAAUUGGUAAAAAGCCCCACCACUUCAAGGUUUUUAAGCUGAAAGUGAGAGAGAAACAAUGGGUGGAGGUGAAAAGUUUGGAUGACAGGAUCAUGUUUUUAGGCGUGACUGCUCCUUCUGUGUUUCUGCUAAAGAUUUUUGGCAAUGGGUGUAAAGGUAACUGUAUUUUUUUCACAGAUACCUGUUUUACUGUGUUCAACUUGGAAGACAGCAGUCUGCUACCAGUACAACAACAUCCAGUCUAUAGCAGAAUCUUUUACCCAAACACCGCCAUCAAAUUGUAGGAUGAAAUCUUAGAGCUCCACCACUCCAAAUACUGGAUCUAAUUCGGCCGUGUGUAUAUAUUAUAUCUAGCAUCUUAAUGCAAUGGAAAUUUAUGCAUUAUUUUUCUCAUGACUUGUCUAUUCAUGUUGUUUUGAUUAUUGUGUUUAUCGAUCACAUAUCCUAUUCAGUCGUUUGGCUGGAAAUAAUGUGAUUCACCCUCUAAAAUUUAUCAAAUGCAACUAUUGAAGCAAUAAAGAAAACUGGCAGAAUCUUCUUUGACAUAUGUUAAAAUUAGAUACAAGACUAAUACAAUAGUUCUCAAAAUUUUGUUAUUCAACAAAAACCACCAUCAUGGCAUCAUUUUACUAUAAUAUAUGAAAUCUAAUUGAGAUAAUUAUAUUAGAAGAAGAUAUCAUAAACAAGCAUUAUGAAUCCCUUUUGAAAUUAUAAUACUAUUAUUGCCAUAUAAAGUAGGAUUGCAAAGGAGUCAAAUGCUUUAGAACAACAUUGGUAGAUUGUUGAGAAAGCAUUGCACAUGGGCAGCCAACAAAUGACAAAACAUGGACAGUUAUGGAGAAGAAAGAAUCCCAUACCACAGUUGUUGUUCAAGUUCUAUGGGAUUCUUCUCACUCUUUGUAAAAUGGGAAAUAUAUGACAAAUCAUCCUUGUAUAAAUUUAAAAAAAAAAAAUUUGUGAAUUGUUAUACCAUAUUUGUACGUUGGAGGUAUCUGUUCAAUAAUCAGAUAAUAAGUUGUUACAAAUAAAAAAAUGAUAUUUAAAAAAUAAAAAAAUUUAAAAAAAAAAAAAAAAAAAAAAAAAAAAAACACCCAAAUGCAAUGCUACGCAGUUUGUGCAAAUUUAAAACGAUAUGCACAAUCUUCAGGAAGGGUCCAAACAGUCGAUGCAAUUAAUAAAAAUCCCAGAUUUUUUAAUUAUUAUUAUUAUUUUUUUUAAGGUUGAAAUACACGUCUACUUGGUAAUGAAGUUAUCUAAGUUGAACACGCACUCGCCGACACCCAAGGUCAACUAAAGGACAUAUAACGGGUUUCCAGAAAAAUAAAAAAUAAAAACACUGCUGGAAAUCAUUUCCCACGGCUAAAAAGUUGCAGAAAUAUUAAGCUAUGAAAAAUCGAAAGGAGUUGGGUAGUGGAGAGAGUAGAGCAAGGGUUCCAUGGUGCGAUCUUCCAAAGGAACUGUUGGAAACCAUAGCAUACUCUCUCCUUACCAGAGUAGAUGUUUGCCGAGUCCGUGCAGUGUGCAAGUCAUGGCGAUCCUCCAUCCCUCCCUUCAGAAAACCCAUCUCUCUGCCUCUCGAAUUCGCAGUUCCUUACCCAAACCCUUCGCAUCGCAGUCAUCCCAACAUGCUCUUACUCACUGAAAGCACGAUCUAUCUUCUCUCUCCCAAUUCACAAGCUUCCACUUCCAUUUCCACAAGGUCCAAGACUGCUUCGUGGGGCUGGUUAGUAAAGGUCCAAGAACAGGAAGCUUGCCGUUUCCGCGUCAUAAACUCAAUCUCCUGCCAACCCAGCCACCGUUUUCCCACUUUUCCCAAAUCAAUAAACUUGUUGGAUUUGCGGGUGUCUGAAUUGGCCAAAGCUUAUAGCGUUCGCUUCCCCAAUAAUGGUUUUACUCAAAAAGUGGUUUUCUCCUCCUCCAGUCCUGAUGAUUGCCCUUGCCCCUCACUCAUGAGGAUCAACGCAGGGUUUUUAUUUUACCUGAAAAUAGUAGAUGGCAGCGACUGGACCCUAAUAGAUGACACAGUCUCUCAGUUGGAUUAUGAAGAUGUUACUCUGUAUAAGAACAGAUUUUGUGCUGUGGACAAGUACGGAAGAGUUGUGGUGAUUGAUUCUUCUUCUUUGAAGGUUACAGAGAUUGCAUCUCCUUUCAAGGGUGAAAAUGAUGGUAACUCUAAGAUUUUAUUAGUAGAGUCGUCUGGGGAGCUGCUUUUGGUUGAAAGAUUACGUGAAAAGCCUCAUUUCAAGGUUUUUAAGCUGAGUGCGAAAGAGAGAGAAUGGGUGGAGGUGAAAAGUUUGGAUGACAAGGUCAUGUUUUUAGGUGGUGACUGCUCCUUCUGUGUCGCUGCUAAAGAUUUUGGCAAUGGAUGUAAAGGAGACUGCAUUCUUUUCACAGAUUAUUGUUCUACUUUUAGUGUAUUCAACUUGGAAGAUAGUAGUCUGAAACCAGUACAAAAACAUCCAGGCUAUAACAAAAUCUUUUACCUACCACCAUGAAAGUUGUAGGACAAAAUCUAGUCUUUACAGGAAGGAAUUCUAGGAGCUCCACCACACCAAUUUUAUGAUCUUAUUUGGCUAUAUGUAAAUAUUGUCUCUGAAAUCUUUAAUGUAACGGAAAUCUAUGCAGUAUGUUUCCCAUGA